AUGUCAGACACUUUGACCUUUGUUGAUAUGCAGACCAUGAGACUGGCUUUUACAGGCGAGAGGAUCUUUAAAAUGUUCCUAGUGGUAUCCACACACUUACUUGUAAUUUAUGUUAACAUUAUAAUGCUGUUCACACUACGCACCAAGGCCAUCUUCUGUGAGACACCACGCUACAUCCUCUUUGCCCACAUGCUCCUGAAUGACACCAUUCACCUGGUGCUCGCUCUGGUGCUCUACAUGCUCAGUUCCUUCUAUCUACUGGUGGUGCGUGCUGUCUGUGCCUUCAUCGUGCUGGUGUCUACGUCGACAUUUGUUAAUGCGCCACUAAACCUGGCCGUCAUGUCCUUGGAGAGGUACACAGCCAUCUGCUUCCCUUUGCGACACAGCGAGUUGGCUACCCCAGCGCGAGCGAGCAUGGCUGUAGCUCUGGUGUGGGUUUUGGGCAUCAGUGAUGUGCUAACUGAUGUGUGUGCUCUCUUCCUCCUCGCAGAGCCAUCAUUCUACUUGUCUCCUGCAGUGUGUACCAUCACGCAGCUCAUGGUGGCACCCUGGCAGCAGGGCAGGAGUGUGAUAUUCAAAAUCUUGCUCUUUGUCAUGGUGGCCAUUGUGUUGCUCUAUACGUAUGUAGCUAUCCUGCUGCAGGCACGUGCCAUCUCCUCUGACACCACUUCUGCCCAUAAGGCCUUGCGCACUGUAGUACUGCACGCAGUGCAGCUUGGCCUCUCACUAAUGUCUUUCCUCUACGAGUAUAUAGAGUCCCUUAUUGUGAGCCUGCCACUUGACGUAUACAAACAGCUGCACUUCCUCAACUUCUUUGUAGUGCUGAUCCUGCCACGCUGCCUCAGCUCAAUCAUCUAUGGCCUGAGGGACGAGACCUUCAGGCCACUGUUCAAACAGAACUUCUUCUACUGCUGUAAAAACAGAGUUGUGCCUUUAGAGGCUUUUACAAAACACUGAUGAUGGGACAAGGACAAUGUGAUCAAUGUUUCUGUCAUCUGUAUAUGAAUAAAUGUGAAUAUGUUUUUCCAUAGAUACUUACACAAAACAUGUGGCAUGUUAAGUCUCACAAAAUAUUUGUAUGUAGUUUAUGGGUAUUACAUCUGUUAUGGGGUGUUUGUGAUUCUGAUAAACUACAGAUUGUAUUGCUUUUAUCCAAACUCAGGAUGUAUGCUGUAUCUCAUGUUAAAAAAAAGGGAAAAUAUUUUCUCUGUGUACUAAUAAAAUCUGAACUUCAUCCAACAUUUCCAAUGUGAGAUUUGCUAAAGAUGUGUCAAAACUGUCAUUGAAAAUGUUAAUAUUAUUGCAAGUAACCUCAGUAUCUCCCUUGCCGGCUGUCUUACAGUCACACAUUUUUUCCCCCGCUCCAUAAUGUCACGUUACUAAGGUUU